UUAUAUGUUUGUUUAAGUUGUUAGCUAACUACAAAAAUAAAUUUGAUAAGCUGUAUUACAUAACUACUUUUUCAAAUUAAAUUAAAACUAUAUAAAUGGAAUGGAAGAAAAAACCGAUGCAAAAUUUAGGGAAAUAAUUUUAGAUGAAAAUUUGGAUGGAAGCAUGGCAGAUACAGAAGAUGAUUCAAAAAAUGACAAUGAGAAUAGAAAGAAAAAAUUAAAAAAGUCUCGAAAAAAGGUUUAUUUCCGAAGUGAUUUUGUGGGAGAACCAGAAACAAGCUCAUCUGAUGAAGAAAAAAAUAUUGAACCGCCAGCUAAAGUUAAUCCUGCAGAUCUAAAUUGGCUAAUGUGGGUUUGGUAUUAUAUUGUUUGUGCUUCAAAGUCAACAUUCCAUGCAGCAGAAUUUUGUGGUGAAAAGCUUGCUGACUUAUUUGGAAUUACUUCACCAAAAUAUCAAUAUGCUAUUGCUGAAUAUUAUAGGUUAAAGCAAGAGGAAGAAGAAGAGGAAGAUGCAGAAAGGCGCGAAACUGAAUAUGCUAAUCGUCAAAAUAAAUCAUCUCCUGCUGACACAGAAAAUAAAAACGAGAUGAAUAUAGUAUAACCAAAUAGUUGCAUUAUUUCAGGAUUGCAUUACUAGCAUAUAUCCUAUUUUAUGGAAAAGUGCUUUCCUUUAUAUCAUGGGCAUUUAAAAUAUUUAUCGAGUUAUCAAAUGUCAAAUAUUGUUUGGUGCAGUCACAUUUUCUAUAUUUUUAUAAGUUUUGAAAAUAUAAAACCAGCAAAAAUUGUAUUUUUUGGGUUCUUAAAAGUCCUUAUUGAAUUAUAUAUACAUAUAUAUGUAAAUACUUUUUUUUAAACAAAUGUUUUUUCUUUUUUUUUUAUUUGAUCUUCAUUUCUGUCAAGAUAAUCGGUAGGUGACAAAAUUUUUUGUUGGAUUAAACUUUUUUCACUAAAAAAUUAUUUAACUUGCUUUUUUUAAUUGUAUAAACUAUUAUAUACUCUGUUGUUACUAUUAUAUACUCUGUUUAUUUAAUUAUGCUCGUUACGGUGCAACAAUUUUUUAAAAAUUUCUGUCUGAGC